AUUAUUCAAUUUUCAUUCCCCUACGUCGUGUUUCAUCAAUACAAACCUAAUAAUUAUUUUGAAGUUGGUUCAGUUCAUUCUUAAGCUUAGUUUGAAGUAAAACAAUAUCCAAUUAUUUUCUCAGGAUGGUUACAAGUUGUGUUAACAUAUUGCAAUCUUGCUUCUGCAUGUUUUUCACACACCACAAAUCAUGGAACUCUCCAAUGUUGAAAAUGAAAACCCUAAAUCCAAUCCCAAAUUUCAAUUCUUUAAUCUGCCACUCUUCAACAACUUCACAACAAAACCACCAAUUCACAGUUUCAUAUCUCGUUUCAAAUUUCGGCUUCUCAUUAGAAACCGCUACAAAGGCUUCCAAACUCGUUCAUUUCAAGGCUUCCCAAAACCCUGAUUCAGUAAUCACCAUCUUCAGAAACUUCGGUUUCUCAGAUUCUGAUAUAAACGACAUCGUUAGUAAAGCGCCCAACAUUCUUACAUGUGACCCCCACAAAAGGAUUUUGCCAAAGUUUCAAUUUUUACUCUCAAAAGGUGCUUCAAAUUCUGAUAUAGUGGAGAUUGUGGUCAGAAGCCCUAGAAUUCUCUAUUCAAGUCUUGAGAAUUGCAUAAUCCCUACUUUUGAAUUGGUAAGAAGGUUCCUUCCAUCUAAUGACAAAGUUAUUCAACAUGUACUUAAAUGUAGAUGUUUCUUUGGUCAUAAUCAUGUUAUUAAUAAUGUGAAUUUGUUGCUUGAUGAUGGAGUCACUGACAAAAAUUUAAGAUAUUUGUUACUUAAAACACCGUCUAUAUUUUUGAUUCGUGACAUGAGGAGUGCUCUGGAUAUGGUUAAGAAAAUGGGAUUUAAUGAUCCUUCCAAAGUCAAUUUUUGUAUAGCAUUGUUAGCCAAAAGGGCUAUGCCGAAAUCUCGGUGGGAUGCUAAAGUUACUGUCUUUAAGAGAUGGGGUUGGUCUGAUGAAAUGGUUCUCGAAGCGUUUAGGAAGAGACCUUUGUGUAUGCUAUCGUCGAAAGAGAAAAUUAAUGAUGUCAUGAGAUUUUGGGUGAAUGAGUUGGGUUGGAACUCUUCGGCUCUUGUCAAAAGGGCGGAUAUUUUUUCGUAUAGUUUGGAGAAUAGGACCAUUCCGAGGGCUUGUGUUGUUUCAUAUCUGAUCUCGAAAGGUUUGAUAGAAAAUAAUGUUGAAUUGUCUACCCCUUUUGCUGUUAAUGAAGAGGUGUUUCUUGAAAAGUAUGUGCAAAGUUUUAAAGAGGAAAGACAUAAUUUGUUAAAGCUAUACCUGGAGAAAAUGGACGGUAAGAAAAUCAAGGAAAAUGGUGAAGCGUCUGGAAGCUAUUGAAUGGUUAACUUGUAAUCGCAAGUUUUGUGUAAUGCAGCAUCCUAAGUAGCAAUUGACUGAAGUGUAUUCUUCAAUUCCUGUUACAGUUGUGAUCAUGUGAUGUAUAUCAACUAUUUGAUGCUUUCUAAACGUUUGAAGCAUGGGUACAGAUUCUUUAAUAUCCAAUGCUUAUCUGUCUGUAACCUAGCUGAAUGUCCGUGCUGUUCUGGCUGCCUUUGCUAGAAAUGUUCAGUAACCAUUAACCAUUCUUUUCAAGGGAUUUUGGGCCUUCAGCUUAGAAAUAAAGGAGAUUUGGCAAAGAUGUCGAAGACCAUUAGAGCUUUAUGGAAUUUGAAAUAUAAGAGUGUUCAUAUUUCACUUAUUCCUUGCUGCUUGAAUGUUAAGCAAAGACAGACAAAGCUGGAAUGACUUCAAUGUUGAUUUUUGUAGAUUUAGAUGUUUAUCUGGGAUGACUGCAGUUUUUUUUUAUGGAAUCCUUUGUUGUAGUCCAUAUGUUCAGAUAAGGAUCGGUAGCUUACUUCCUGAUUC